AGUCUCUCGCUCCUCUUCCACUCAAAAGAAAAAAAGGUCUCGCUCCUCUCCUCAGUUCAGAGCUCGUUCGCAGUCGCAGCCCACAGCUAGAGCUAGGAGACGCGCCGCCGCCCCGUCAACCCUAUCAUAGGCACCGGCAGCCUCCUCCGGCUCGCCCUCGUGCACGCAGGCGCUCCACAACGCGCGCGCGGACGCCAGCCUUCAGGAGUAGCGCAGCAUCGCAGGCGCCGGCAACAGUCGUUGGCUGGCAGAAGCGGAGGUGCCGGCCGGCUGGAGUCAGGAUUCGGCUCGCACGGUCGCACGCCGCCACGCCCGUUACCGGAGUGAGGAGGUCCCGACCCGCCGCCGCAUCCAGCGCAUCGGCUGUUGGAGGGCCAAGACGCCAAGUUUGCUUGCAGAUUUGGAAAUGAAGAGAAAGGCUACGAGUAUGCAUGAUUUUUAUGCAAGCAGUUCAGUUACUCCUUCCCCUGCCGAUGUCGAGCCUGAACUUGCCCCAGCUAAUGUGACUGCAAAUCCCUUUCCCUUAAUUGUUGUGAGCACAGUGCCUCCUCCUGAAGCUGAACCCCCAAAUGAGGAGAGCAAUGGUACCACAUCUGAUGAGAGUACAAACCGACCAAGGCAGCGCAUACUAGGAUCUCAUCCAAAUAAAAUUAUCAAGGAUGACAUUGGAGACAAGAACUUCUCAAUCCUUAUUGAUGAGGCUAGAUAUUGCUCAGUAGAAGAGCAAAUGGCAGUGACUGUGAGAUUUCUUGAUGAUCACGGGGUGCUCCAGGAAAGAUUCCUUGCAAUUAAGCACAUCACAGAUUGUACAUCUGCUGGAAUUAAAGAAGCUUUGGUUGAUGUAUUGGAUUAUCAUGGUUUGCAGAUUUCUAGGCUACGUGGACAGAGUUAUGAUGGGGCUUCAAAUAUGAGAGGGGAAUUCAAUGGUUUGCAAAAAUUGGUUAGAGAUGAAGCUCCAUAUGCAUUUUAUGUUCACUGCUUUGCUCACCAGUUGCAGGUGGUGGUUGCCACUGUUGCUCAAUGUAGUCCUACUAUUGCUGAUUUCUUCAACUGUAUUCCCUUGAUAGUGACUCAAGUGUGUUCAUCUUGCAAGCAGAAAGAUGCAUUACUGGCCAAACAUCAAGACGAAUUGUUAGAUUUGAUGGAGAAUGGAAAGAUUUCAUCCGGAACCUGGUUGGAUCAAGAAUCUAGCAUAACAAGACAAGGAGAUACUCGUUGGGGCUCACAUCUCAGAACCUUGCUUCGCAUAUUCACAAUGUGGAAUGCUGUGGUGGAUGUGCUAGGAAUUGUAGUGGUUGAUGCUCGGGAACACACUUGUCAAGGUGGAGCUUCAGGUUUGCUUAUUAAGAUGGAAUGCUUUGAAUUUCUCUUCAUCAUGUUGUUCUCAAUAAACUUGUUGGGCACCACAAAUUAUCUAUCACAAGCUUUGCAAAGAAAGAAUCAAAAUACUGUCGAAGCCAUGCAUUUGAUCUUAGAUGUGAAAGAAAGCUUGCAAGAUAUGAGGGACAAUGGGUGGGAGUCUUUAUUCAGUCAAGCCAAGAACUUUUGUGAGUGCCAAAUAUGGAUGAUCUUGUUGGAACUAUGGGUCAAUCUGUUCGCGCUAAGAAUAAGGUGACCCGACUUCACUAUUACAAGGUUAGCAUAUUCAAUGUUGCCAUUGAUGCAACUAUUACUGAGAUGAAUCAUCGAUUCAAUGAAGUUUCCACUGAGUUAUUGGAUUGUAUUUCUUGUCUUAAUCCAGCAAACAACUUCUCAAAGUUUAAUGCUGACAAACUUAUUCGGCUUGCUGAAAUUUAUGCUGAGGACUUUACGAAAGCUGACCGGUUGUUGCUAACAUUUGACCUUCCGAGAUUCCUUAUGAACAUUAGGAGAAGUGAGGAAUUUAAUGGAUGCCAAGAUGUGUCCACACUUGCUCGAUUGAUGGUUCAAACAAAUAAACACACAUCUUUCCAGUUGGUAUAUCGCCUCAUUGAGUUGGCGUUGAUUCUUCCUAUGGCAACUGCACCAGUUGAGUGAAUAUUUUCGGCAAGAGACAGAUGUGCGCAAUGAGGUAUCAAAUGAAUGGAUAAAUGAUUUAAUGCUGUGCUACAUCGAGAAAGAGAUGUUUAGAAGCAUUCAUGAUGAUCAAAUCAUGAUCCAAUUCCAGAAAUUAAGGCGUGAAGGACAUUUGCCUCAUGAGUUAAAUGUGAUUUCUUAGAGAUGGUUUGCGGCUGGUCACUUGGGCAUACAUUUCUAUAUUUUGGUUUGGAGGUGUUCUACCAUAGCAUUAGUUAGAAGCAACACCGUAUCAUUGUUUUGGUCUUCUAGUUGUUGCUUCUCCAGUCUAGUACUUGAUGUAUUGGUGUGUGAACUGUAUGAAACUUCAAGGUAUGGUCAAACAUGUUACUAGUAUUGGUCUUAAAAGAAUUCAUGUUACUUUGAGCACAUGUUUGACAGAUAUUGGCUGUUUAAAUUGGUAUACCAAAUUGAUUCAUAUUUUGAUAUUUUUAAAAACUCUAGCAAAUUCCAGCAAGCUUCCAUAGUGAUAUGGGAAAUUUUGAGCUUAUUUGGACAAUAGGAUUAGGAGGUAAUGAACGGUGUUGGCAUGUCUACAGUGUGGGAUUGGGAUGAUAUGUAAUGAACCACUUUCGUAGUUCUGUUUAAUACAUAUACAUAUGGCCCAGCUGUUAGAGAAGAAGACGAAGAAUCCGUUGGUUUAAGCUACUACGUAUUUUACAAGAUCUUGCAGGUACUUAUGCACACCUCACUUACUAUAGUUCUGAUUCCUCAUCUGUAGAUAUGGAAAUCACACCAUAUCCUUUACCUCAGCAAUGAGUUUCCAUCUUUAUAAUAGCCACACGCUUACACAUGUAGUAGACUCCACGAAAAUUACUUGCUAACACCGUACUGUAAGCUGGCUGCGUUUUUUGAUGCAGUGAGGGCGCUUAUACUUGCUUUAAUCAAAAAGUUGGAGCUGGAGAGUACAAUUACGGUUCUAGACUAGACCAUAUUCUUAUUUCUGGUCAUGUUUCCAUCAUUACAAUUCCGUGGAAGGCCAUGGCAUUUUCCACUGCCAUGUGGAGGAUUGUGGAAUAAUAAAUCAUUUUAGAAGUGGGUGUUCAAAAAAUAUCUCAAAGUAAAGAAGGGUGAAAACUUUUCUUUAUUGAGAGCAAAGUGGAUAACAUACAAGAUUUGCUUACUAGUUAUCCAUAGGUGGAAAGGAGGGAGAAGUAGUUAGGUAGAAGGAUUCAAUCAUAUUCCAGUUUAUAUUAUAUUGACCAGAAUACCUGAACUUCCAGUCCCUAAUACCCCAUAAUCAGCUGCUAGGUACCUCCAGAAAUCCAUGGACGGCUGCAGAGUAUAGGUGAGUAAUAUUUAUGUUAUGUAACAUUAUGUCAUAACUUGACUUUUCACCCUACAAUAUACAAGGCGAAACAAGGGUAUAUUAUAUUCUCAUUCUGUAAUUAUAGUGAAACUUAUUGAACUACUGUAUUUCUUAGUUUUCCAUCAGAUGCAUGACUAUUACUUCUCUAGUUUCUUACCUAUGGUGAAGAUCUAAAUUUCUUCCCUUGUAUUCUUAAGCAUCUAUUUGUAUCUUAUAAUUUUCACAUGGAGGAAUUCUGUCCUUGGUUGGAUACUUUCACUGAACUUGCUACAUAGCUAGCUUUAUGUUCAAGUGUACGUGCAUGUUAACUACUUCGACAGGAAAGAUAAUUAAUAAAAUAGAAUAUGUGUUUGCGCAUACUAACUUCCAUAAUAUUCAUCAUUGAGUUUUCAGUUUUUAGAGCAGAUUGGUUAGAGUUUCUAGUCUCUACACCAUACCUAGUUCAGAUGAAGCUGUCCUUUGCUAUACUAACUACCAAAUUUUACUGCACUGCGAAUAUUAUAGUAGGUUGUGAUACACCUCCUCACAAUCACAUGAUAGACCGCUAUGCAACUUGAUAGACCUCCUUACAUGAUAGACCACUUUGCAAUUAUGUAGUCCGGUCCUUGGCUAAGUCUGUAGUUGAGAAAAAAAAAACAGAUUUUCUCCUUGUGUAUUGUAAUGGAGUACUCAUUAGCUCACCCCAUAUACACACGACUUACUUAACAGGCCUUCUGCAUAUACAAUCUACUACGACAAACAAAAACACAAGCACUGUACCUGAUCAACUUGCAGUGGAGCUGAUAAUUAGUUAACACAAAUAACAAACACCUGCAGUGGAGUCUCAGCGAAGCGCGCCUUCCGUGCAGACAUCUCACUCAGCAGUCAGAAUCAACCACGCAAGCAAUUAUUUCACCCUUGACGAUGAGAAAAUACCAUGUUUAUCUAUAACAGUCCGUGAUGGUGGAUCCUCAUUACAAUGGUGCAUUACAGUAGUAGCAACCCUCUAGAGUUGAUCUCUUGGUGUAGAUUAUAAAAAGAGAGUACUGAAGGAAUGCCCCCAAAUCAAAUACUAGUACGGUACAGCCGAUUAAAGAGCAAGUUGUAAAGAAAAAUAGAAAAUACAUGACGAUACAAUGCUGAUUAGGGUUCUGUCCUCGGAACAGCAAUUUUCCAUGGCAGCCUGAAGAAUCGCAGGCCAUGAAUGCUUGUAUGGCACACAGUAGCUUGUCAAACAGUUGGAAAUAAGCAACUCUGCAUCUCUUACAAAAUAAGAAGGCAACAAAGACCACCCAAAGACCCAGGAUAAAUCCCGCAGCCAGGCCAAGAUAGAAAAACCUCGCCUCUGCUUGAUGCUCGUCAAGAUCCCCUCCAAAUACCUUGGGCCCUGAACAGUUCCUCGAAAGAGGAGGCCCGCAGAGGUAUUUGUUGCCGAUGUACGAUGAUGCUGGAUCAAUGAGCGUCUGCAGCUGAUUCCCGGUGGGAAUUCUUCCUGAUAGAUUGUUGUAUGACAGGUUCAUCUUGCUUAACAUUGUCAUGUCUGAGAAGCCAGAAGGAAUUUCGCCGGAGAUUUGAUUGCAUGACAGGUCGAGAGACUCCAAUGAUCCAAGAAAGCCAAUCUUCUCUGGGAUGUUACCAGACAAGCGAUUAUAGGAGAUGUUCAGGUUCUUCAGAUUAACAAGAGAUGUUAUUUCAACUGGAAUAUCUCCAACUAAGUUGUUGCAUGACAAGUCAAGGCCAACCAUAAGAAUGAUGUUGCUAGUGUAAGCAAGGUCCUCUGCCAGGGACAAGGCUUCCCGGCAUGAUAUAGCCUCAAGAGUGGCCGGAUCUACCACUCCGUCCAGGACUAAUGCUGAGCUCCCCAGAUAGUUACCCCAUUCGUCCCUGCAUACUGCUGCUGCUGAACCGCCCCUUCUUGUCACGACUCCGGCGUCAACAUGUAUCUUGCAGUAGUCCGCCGGUGGCUUCUUUGGCCCCCGGUGAGCCGGCGGUGCACUUCCUCUGUUUGUGACCCGGCUGCUCCUUUUGUCUUUUAUGAUAUUAAGAUCAGCCAUGAAUCUGGUGAUGAACAUGUAGGUAGCAUGAGGGCUCUGGAAUAUAGACUCGUGGAUGGCUUUCCGGCGGGCAUGCCAUAUGGACCAUAGUGUGACUGCCAUUAAGACAAAUUGAUCAUGUGUUAACAAUU